GUAAAGAGUGAGAAAUACUCAGCUGAUCAGAGGCUGCUGGUGAUAUAAAUUAAACUGAAGGAGGAACCUUUUUUUUUGUAUUAUUAGGUUAAUGAGAAUAGAGAAAGAAGUCAGCAACAGACGACGAGAAUUCAAUUAGGGAUUGGGUUGGAGGACGUUUCAGAGCAGUCGUAACGUCUUGGAACAUUUCUCUAGUGCUGCUCGACUUGAAAAGCUAAACUGAGGGACUUUUUUUCUGAGGAAGCAUCAUGCCUCGUUUUCAGCUUCUAGUUGGACUCCUGUGUUGUCUUCCUUUGGCAGCAUGUCUGCAGUGUUACACCUGCGUAUUUCCAGCCAUCUCACCUCUGGACUGCUUGAAAUAUCCGCUGGAGUGUCCGGCCGGCCAACGCUGCCUCUCUAGUGAGGCGACAGGAACACGAGGCGGCAUACGCCUGACCAUUUACGAGAAGAGCUGUGCCGUCCCCAGCCAGUGUGGGCUGUCCGGGCAGAAGUAUUCCACAGGCGUCUCCUUCAACUACACCAACGACUGCUGUGACACUGACCUCUGCAACGGUGCCGUGUCCGGUGCUGCCCUCAGCUGGAGAGGAGCAGCGUUCUGCCUGCUGCCCGCCAUCACCCUCCUGCUGGCCUGAGACCACAGCACAGGGAUCACACCAUCCAGAUUGUCUGGAGAAAAAUAAGCCUACGGUGCAAUCACGGCCUCAGAAAUCUCUUCAAAUAAGAGAAAAGAUCAUUGCAACAGUUGCUUCCUAUCAUUUUGGCCUCUGUCUACCCCCUCCUCUGUUCUUUUUCACCCAAUAUGAUAUAUACCUCUAAUAAUCUACUAACCAUUUACAGGACUGUCUCAGAAAAUUUGAAUAUUGUGAUUUUCUGUAAUGCAAUUAUUAUUGAUUAUUAAUUAGAAUAUUCUGGGAAUCUUAAUAUCAAACUAUGAGCCAUAAUUAGCAAUAUUAAAAUAAUAAAAGGCUUGCAAUAUUUCAGUUGAUUUGUAAUUAAUCCAGAAUGUAUGACAUUUUUGUUUUUUUAAUUGCAUUACAGAAAAUAAAUAACUUUAUAACAAUAUUCUAAUUUUCUGAGACAGUCCUGUAUACCCAUCAGCCUCAGGCUGGAACCAGCUGCAUGAAAUAAUAGGCCAUAAAAGAGCCGGUUUCACAAAAUAUGGUCAAUAAAUAACCACAAACUAAAAUACAUUUAAGAACAAAAUAAUUGUUAAAUGACACUGAUGCCACAAGCAGAUGCUGCCUCAGUUUAACGGUAGCAAUGGUGCUGUAGAUUGUCUGUAUUUACUAUUUACACUUCAUCUUUUUUUCCCUUGUUGUACUUUACAUAUUUGACUUAUUUUCUGCUUAUUAGAGUAAAUCUGCACCUCUGUUUAUGCUUUUAAUGUGCCCAUUUUGUUGAAAUAACUUUAUACAGUUAAAAAAACAAAUAAAACAACCGUCUCAGACUGAGUUAUUAUCAAGACCAUUUAUUGGGAAAUUAUUAAAUGUGAGUUCU